AUGGAAAUUACAAACUCAAUUGAGUUAGAGGACGAUGCAAUUUCGUCAGAGGAAUUAUAUGAUUUAAGUGAUAUGGAAGAUGUUGUAACUAAUGAAGACCAAGAUGAAUUACCUUCACUUAGUAGUAUUACACCAAGUGAUUCUAUUAGUCAAGUAAAUUCAUGUUUGACAUCUCCUUUACAACUUGAAUAUUCACGUCUACAUAGUCUAAAUGAUCAAAAAGAACAAGAUUUUUGUUUAUUAGUUUGGGUUGUAUGUCAUCAACAACCAUUCACUGUAGUAGUAAAUGUUCAUUUUAGAAACUUCGUAUAUAAAUUAGAUCCACGAUAUAAAAUUCCUAAUCAAACAAAAAUUAAAAAUAUAAUUAUGUCAGAGUUUGAUUUAUGUCGAGAACAAAUUAAAAAUGAUUUAAAACAAGUGCGAGGUAAAAUAGCUUUUACUCUUGAUUUAUGGUCGAAUAUUAAUAAUGAGGCAUUUAUGAGAGUUACAAUUCAUUUUUUGAAUAUAAAGUGGAAACUUGAACAUUUUUUGCUAGAUAUUAUUCCACUCAAUAAGCGUCAUACAGCAUCAAAUCUUUUAAAUAAGUUUACUUAUCUUCUUAAUGAAUUCUCCCUUAAUGAAAAAAUUAUUGGACUAACAACUGAUAAUGAAUCUGCAAUGACUGUUUUAGGUAGAGAAUUAGGUGAAAAAUUGAUUCAUGAAUUUCAUAAUAAUAAGUUUGGUCAUUAUCGAUGUGCAGCACAUAUUAUUAAUCUAUCAGUAAAACAAGGGUUAGAAUUAAUCGACACAUCGAUUAAUAAAGUACGAAAUUUAAUGUCAAAAAUUAAAAAUUCAAUUGUAUUGUGUGAUGAACUUCGAUCAUUAUGUGAUGUAAAAAAUAUUACCUAUUUAGCUCCAGAAAUUGACGUUGAGACUCAAUGGAAUAGUACAUUCUACAUGCUCACUAAAUUUAAAAAAAUUAAAACCACUAUAAAAAUGUUAAUUGCAAAUCAUGAUGAAUUAGUUGAAAUUUUUCCAAAUUCAGAUGACUCUCAACAUAUCGAUGAUACAUUAAUUUUAUUAGAUCCGAUGGAAAAGGCAACAAAACUUCUAUCUGCUGCUUCAUAUCCCACAAUGGGUGAAAUGGCAGCAUCAAUUUUUCAAAAAAUUGAAUCUUAUUGGGAAUUAAUAGAUGAAAAAUGUACCAUUUCAACUAUCCUAGAUCCAAGAUAUAAGUUGUCAGAUUUUGAAGAUGAAAAACAGAUUACUGCUAUAAAUACAAUUCAAAAUGUCUUUCAUACUUAUCUUCAACUUAAUCAUAAUACCACCACUACUACUUCCUCAAUAUCUAAUUCCCAAGCUCCACAAAAUCUACAUGAAUACUUUGCUCAUCUUAAUAACCAUAAUCAGAACUAUUUACUUAAGCCACUAAAUAGUGAAUUAGAUCGCUACUUACAGUUGGUUGAGGAUAUUGGGAUAGAUCCAUUGACUUCACAUAAUUCAUAG